CUGCUGCCAACUGACCCGACCUGACUGGCUGUUAUCUAGAAGAGUUCAGAGAGGAACGGUAACUGGCUGUUAUCUAGAAGAGUUCAGAAAGGAACGGUAACAUUUAAAAGCAGAUUUGUUUGCUGGGGAAGAGUCCUAUUAUUAUUGAGACAUUUUAUUGGCAGUUGGUUUCUAAAGCUGCAGGUCAGUUUAGUUAAGCCCUCUAAGGAGUGUCUGUGUUGUUAAGGUAGUUGGCUGAAGGUUGUGUUAAGGUUAGGUUGUUUGACGUUCUAACAAUGAAGGAGGAGAUUGCAGCAGCUGUGUUCUUCGUGGCUCGGCUGGCGAAGCGCCAUGGUAGUUUAGAUGCUGAGAGCAGAGAGAGGUUUGCUGCUGCCCUCACCUCGGCUCUGUUUGAGACCUACAAGACCCACUGGUACCCACACACACCUGUCAAGGGACAGGCCUACCGGUGUGUGUGUAACCCACUGUUCGUGCGUUAGGUGCCUGCGUAUGAACCGAGCCCAGCUGAGGGACCCUGUGUUGGAGAGGGCGUGUGUACGGAGCGUUGUCUGUUACGAGGACCUGGGGUUGCCACGGGAGAUUACCAUCUGGGUCGACCCGGGAGAGGUGUCCUGCAGGUACGGAGAGCGCAGCGUUCCCUUCUGUGUGAUGCAGCUGCAGGGCUGUCACCACGGUGAUGGGGAGUUUUCCCGCCGCAUACAUAAUGCGGUGGAGCGAGCCGCCUCCGACAUCCAAUCAGGAUCUUCCUCUGAUGAGGGCGGGGACACCAGCAUGAGUAGCAGCUGCAGCAGCCUAUCAGCUCCCUGCCCUGCCCUGGGCCCUGCCCCCAACCCAAAACCCAAAACCAUCCCAACAGUCAGCAACCCCAACAGUGUCUACCAGUUCAGUGAGUUUGCUCCAGUGCCACCCCCUCCGGCCUGGUCAGCUUACCCCAACAGGAAGGCCUUCCCUGGGGACGGCUACCCCCCUCACGGCCCCCCCUCUGGAGCUCUGUUUGCCCAGCAGCAGUGCAGCAGCCAGUUCCGGCCUCCUAAAGGAUUCAGACCCUACAGAGCCGCCUCCUCCUUCACUGGGCCCAGACAGGACAAGUACCACUGGGUCAGCAAGAACCGCUCCUAGAACGUCAACCUAGAACCUACUGGAAGCUAGACCCCACUGGCUGCCCGGAGCCCAGAACACUUAAAAAUAAAGGUCAAAGUAUGAAUUAUGAAACGGUUAAAGCAAUGCUGUUUAAGCAUUUUUAAAGUUGCAGUAUUUUUAUUUAAAAAAAUAUUUUAUGUCUUAACUAUUGUGAUUGUUAAA